AUGAUCGCUCGAGGCUAUAGUAGUGCUCUGAUUCUCGAGGAUGAUUCUGAUUGGGACGUAACAUUCAAAGAUCAAAUGGUUGAAUUUGCCCGCGGAGCCCGUGCUAUUUCAGCCAAGCAGGAUAACCCACACUCACCGUAUGGCGAUUCGUGGGAUCUUCUUUGGCUAGGACAUUGUUCUUCGCGUGCCAAGAAGGGGCCUUAUUGGAAGAUACCCAACGAUCCUACAGUGGCACCAUUACAAUAUAGGACUGGAUUCAAGCAUCCGAGUAUGAUUGAGGAGCCCGACGCGGCAUUUUCACGCUACAUUUAUUCCGCCGAGGACUUGCUGUGCAGCUACGGGAUAGCAUGGACAUUGGACGCAGCACGUAAUGCUCUUGCCCGGAUGUCCAUGCUCGAACUGGAUGUGGCAGCUGCCGAUGUUGGAUUUCAUGCUGCGUGUGAUGGCGGACUGAGAUGUCUGGCGCCAGAGCCAGCCUUGAUUGGAAGCUAUCGGCGAGCAGGCCCUCCACAGGCAGACUCGGAUAUAGAGGUCUUCGAUUCAACGGAAUGGCAUGAGGCUGGAUCUGGACACAUUGUCUGGAGCUCUGCUCUCAACGCCUUACGGUUGGCGGCAGGGUCAACAGUCAAGGCGCAGUGGCCAGAUUUUAAUCCUCCGGAAAUUGAUCCCAGUAAGCUCAGAAUACCCAAGGGCCACUUGGAAGAUCUCUCAUGA